ACACAUGGCACUGCUAGAAUUUCUCAAAGGCCAUUGAGAAAACAAACAUAACCACUUCUCCAUAAUAGAUCACAGAUAUUUAACUUUAAUUUGUGUCUGAAUCCAUUGCCAUUCUCAACGUGAUAGUUCAAAACAUGGCACAUGAACAAGAGGUCAGAACAAGCACCCAACUUUCAAAAUGUGACCGCUACUUCGAAACCAUACAAUCAAGAAAGAAGCUACCACAAACAUUGCAGGAGACAUUGACAGAUUCAUUUGCAAAGAUUCCUGUUUCUUCUUUUCCCGGAGUUCCUGGAGGAAAAGUGGUUGAAAUUCUAGCAGACACACCUGUUGGUGAAGCUGUUAAGAUUCUAUCUGAAAGCAACAUAUUGGCAGCACCAGUUAAGGACCCCGAUGCAGGAAUUGGCUCAGAUUGGAGAGACAGGUACCUUGGCAUCAUAGAUUAUUCAGCUAUAAUUCUCUGGGUGAUGGAGAGUGCAGAACUUGCUGCAGUUGCUCUAUCAGCUGGUACAGCAACAGCUGCCGGAGUUGGCGCGGGAACUGUCGGUGCUUUGGGAGCAAUAGCAUUAGGAGCUACAGGUCCUGCUGCAAUUGCUGGGCUAACUGCUGCUGCAGUAGGUGCAGCAGUGGUAGGUGGUGUUGCUGCAGAUAAAACCAUGGCUAAAGAUGCUCCGCAAGCUGCAAAUAACCUCGGCGAGGACUUUUACAAAGUAAUACUGCAAGAAGAACCCUUCAAGUCAACAACGGUGCGAUCAAUACUUAAAUCAUACCGAUGGGCACCCUUUGUUCCUGUUGCAAAAAAUAGUGCUAUGUUGACUGUCUUGCUGUUGCUCUCAAAGUAUAGGCUGAGGAAUGUACCAGUGAUAGAACCCGGUAAAGCAGACAUAGUAAACUUCAUUACCCAGUCUGCAGUUAUCCAAGGUCUUGAAGGAUGCAGAGGAAGAGAUUGGUUUGAUUGCAUUGCAGCCAGGCCUAUGGCUGACCUUGGACUUCCUUUUAUGUCUGCUGAUAAGGUUAUUAGCAUCCAGAGUAAUGAAUUGAUUCUUGAAGCUUUUAAGAUUAUGAGGGAUAAUCAAAUUGGUGGUCUUCCUGUAGUCGAGGGGCCAGCAAAGACAAUUGUUGGAAACUUGAGCAUAAGAGACAUCAGAUACUUGCUGCUAAAGCCUGAAAUUUUCUCCAAUUUUAGGAAUCUCACUGUGAUGGAUUUCAUGAAGAAAAUUGUCUCAGCAUCCUAUGAAUCUGGAAAAGUUACUCGGCCUAUAACCUGCAAGCCUGAUGCAACUCUGCAGAGCGUGAUUCACACUCUUGCUUCACAGUCUAUUCACAGGAUUUAUACAGUAAAUGGACAAGAUCAAGUAGUUGGUGUCAUCACACUGAGAGAUGUAAUCUCUUGUUUCAUCACUGAACCUGAUUACCAUUUUGACGAUUACUACGGAUUUGCAGUUAAAGAGAUGCUGAAUCAGUGAUUUACGAGGAAGUUUAAAUAGGCAGAAGAAAGAACACUCUAAAUGUAACAAACUUUAUGUUAUCUUAAAGAAAAAAUAACAUUUCAUUUCAAGUUUUUCUAUGUAAGCAGUUUUCAUGUAACUUCUAUCAUGCUAAUACCAGAGUUUUUGUCCAA